AUGCUUCCACAACUGACAUACUUGCAGGCUCCAUACCGACACAUGUUAAUGAUGGCUUUAGGUGCGCAAUUCCAGAUAUCGCCAGUAGGAUUUGAACGAGCUGCAUGCUCUACAAUAAACAUUAGUGAAACAGAGGCGAUGAAAAAUUAA